AUGGCUUCUUCCUCUAAGAAACAAGUUGGUUCAUCUUCUCAACAACAAAAUCAAGAUCAACAGCAACAACAACUUGUUGCACAAAAGACUUAUUCAAUUCCUUUGAACGAAUUAGAGGUUAUCUGUGAAAUGAUGGUUGAUUUUGAUAACCUGGAAGCACAUGAUACUCAUCUGAAGGAGGCCAUGAUCUUUCAAAGAUGGCAAGCGUUCUUCUAUGGUUUGUGUGGACCAAUCUAUCCAGAUUUGGUGAAAGAAUUCUGGGUUCAUGCAACAGUCAUGCCAAAGGCCAUUCUUUCUAUUGUUCAUGGUGAACUUUUCUCCACUACAGAAAACCUUCUAAGGAAGUUGUUUGGGUUGGAAACCGUUGAAGGUGUUUCUGGAGCUGUUCCAGGAAGAAUAGAGUGGGAGGUUGUGUAUGAAGAAAUCUUCAAGAAUGACGUAGAAUCUACAGAAAUCAAGGAACUAAAGCCUUCCUACAGAAUCUUGGCUAAGAUUCUUCUGGGUUGCAUCUACCACAAAAAGGCAACAGUUUCUUCAAACUAUGUUAGCAAGAACCAACAAUACAUUAUGUAUUGUAUUGGUAAACAGGAAAAGGUGGAUCUUCCGUUCAUUAUCUUCAACCACAUGUGGCAGCAUGUGAAGGAAUCCAGAGAUGAAUUCAGAAAGAAGAAUCCCAAGUUCAAGAGAAACAUUAUUCCGUUUGGAAGAAUCAUUACAGAUCUUCUGGUUCAAACAAAAAGUGUUGAGGAUCUGGAGAAAGCUGGCAUAAUCAAGGAUCCGUAUAUAAUGAUUGGAAGCACCAUGAAUGCUCAUAUUCUGAAGAAGAUGGGCUUAAUUGAGACCAUUGGUGUUACUCCCCAAGUGAACACUGAAGUUCGGUCCAGAAAAGCUCCUGCUCUGGCUGACUUUGAGUUAUUCUUCAGAAAUGAACAUCCAGAAGUUGUUGUCCAAUACAUUGCUAUGCACAAGGCAGAAGGAUCUGACUGUGAUCCUAUAUGGAUAAGCAAGCAAAAUCUUGCCACUACUACUAACCAAGUUCCAGAAUUAGUGCAAGAAAAAGAAAGAAGAACGAAAAGAAAGUUAGAUCUUCCAGAAAUAGCUCCACCAGAUAUUUCACCAGAAAAAGCCCCAACAAAACCACCUCCAACCAUCAAAGUUUCUAUACCUUCUUCUUCACCCAAGUCUAAAGGUAAAUCUCCUAUUCUUGAUUCUGAACCUCUUGUUUCUGAACCUAUUCUUGAACCCACAACUCUAAACACUAUCAUUCCUCCUCAUGCCAUUAUAUCCACUUCUAAACCUCCUCCACAUUCUAAUUAUGAACCAGUUGACACUGCUGUGUUCUUUCACCUUCCCUCAUCAGAAUCCUCUCUUUCUGAUUCUUUCAUCCGCCUCAUGCAAUCCUAUAACUGUAAAAACAAACCAUCUUCUGACCCUGUUGUCGUAGUCUUAGACUCAGAUAAUGAAGCUGAAUCCUCUCGACAACCAUCCUCUUCAGAAACAUUGUUUGUUCUUGAUAGAGAAUCUCAACCUUAUGCUUUCUUUCACCCAGAAAAACCAAUCUCUUCUCUCAAUCCAAAAUCUCCAAUCUCACCUCCCAGAACAAAACCUCCAAAACCUUCUGUUGAUGCACAUUUUGAUUUGUUAAAUAACAAGGUCAGGACAAGUUUAGAAGUUCUGAAGGUUGCUCAUGAUUCCAAGCUGGAUCAUAAAGAUUGUUUGGCUGCUGCUCCUGGUCCUUCUGGAUUCUUUUUGGAGUAUGAUGAUGUAAAGUACUACCAUCCCAUAACCAACUGGAAGUCUCUGGAAGAAAAGCAGGUGAACCCUCUGGAAAAGGCUCAUGAAUUGGUUUACCCAGAAGUUGAGUACCCUCCAGAACCUGAAAUUCCUGUUUUCAAAGGGUUACCUUCUGGAGAAAUUUCUGUUGAAGAUAUUCCUGCUGAGGAAAAUGAAGAUGCUACAAUGGUUGAAGCUGAUGCUGCUCAUCCUGUUCUAGAAGAUAUCUUUGUUGCUACUUCUGCUGGUUCUUCUGUUCUGCUGAACACUAUGAAGGAGCUCCAACAUAAUCAAGCUACCUUGGCUAGUCGUCAGGAUAAGCAAGAUGACACAUACGCAGAAUUCAGAACUUGGAUGAAGAACCAAGAAGAAACCUCCAAGAAGUAA